CUACAAUCCGCCACGGGCCGUAGCGGGCGCCUUACACCCGAUUGGGACUAGCCUAUUCCCACUGGGUGCGUCCUCCGGUAGUCCUGAUCCUACUACGAUAUACCCCACUCUUUUUUGAUCAAAACGACGAAGAUGUUCGCCCUGCCGUGUGCGGCAUAAUUCUAUACCGCUUGUCUUGGAAUUCUGUCUGGGCCAACUGUGCAAAAACCCCUCGGCCUCUAGUCAGAAGCAACCCGGAGAGCAAGACGUACGCAAUCUCGCUGACUCGUCCAUUGUGCUCCCUAAUCCUUCGGUGGCCGUCUGUCCGCGCCGAAUCAUUCGUAUUAAGGGCAGCAUGUCACGGAUCAAUCCAACCGUCUCUACUCUGAACACGCCAAAUUUCUAAGCACGUCAAAAGAAGAGCUCUCAGCGGCUCAGCCCACCAUGUUUCGUCUGAGCUUUGCUUUGCUCGCAGCAGCCUUGUUCCACGUAUCAUCUGCUGGAAAUGAGGCGGAAAUUGAAUCUACAGUCCAAUCGCUCUUCCCGAGUUACUGCUGCACAGUUUUGACCCUUAGCACCGUAUCAGAACGCGUUACCUACCCUGGGCAGAGUGCGUACAAUGCGAGCCUUGCUUCAUAUUUCGACGGCAAGAGCAGGCUGACGCCUAACUGUAUUGUGCAACCGAGGACUGCAAAGGACGUUUCCACCGUAGUGAAGAUCCUCACUGCGGCAAGCCUGCUCAAGCCAUGCCAGUUCGCCGUACGAUCUGGUGGCCAUACUCCAAUUCCAGGCGCUAAUAAUGUGGAUGAUGGUGUCACCAUCGAUCUGCUUUACAUGAACGGUACCACGUACAAUGCUAAAACUCAAGUAGCAAGCAUCCUGCCAGCUGCACGAUGGGGCUCCGUCUAUGAAGCUCUUGAGCCUCUGGGUCGCAUGGUAGCUGGAGGGCGUGGAUCUACUGUUGGCGUUGGAGGCUUCCUCCUUGGUGGUGGAAUCUCGCACUACGCUCCUCGUGUGGGGCUGUCUUGCGACAAUGUGGUGAAUUUUCAAGUUGUUCUUGCUGAUGGCCGUGUUGUGGAUGCGAACAAGGCGACAAACUCUGACCUCUUCACGGCUCUUAAGGGUGGCAACAGCAACUUUGGCAUUGUGACGCGCUACGACAUGGAAACGUUCCAGAACGAGGACCUAUGGGGAGGCAUUGUCACCUGGCCCGCAUCUACCGCCGAUCAGCACUUCCAAUCUCUCGUGAACUUUGCUCUGAACCCGAACAGAGACUCUUAUGCCGCUUUGAUAGUCUUCCAAGGGUACUCCACAGCCAGCCAGGCCGACGUUGUACGGGCCGCUUUCGAUUACACUAAGCCCGUGGCACGUCCAGAUGCCUACAAGGAAUUCUUUGCGGUCAAUAACACCAUCAGUGAUACGACAAAGAUUCAGCCAAUGAGUGCCAUUGCCGCCGAAUUUGGCAGUGACACGACUAAAAGGGUACAAUUUCGCACACUCUCCUUCAAGCCCGAUCUUGCUACCCUCCAGGAGACCGCCCGCCUCUACAGCAUAAUGCUGGCAGAGCUUCAAGCCAAAGCAUCCGGACAAUGGCGCGUCUCCUGCCUGAGCCAAAUAUGGUCUACAAGUUAUACAGCCAACAGUGCUGCCAGAGGUGGCAACGUGCUCGGUAUGGAGCGCUACGAUGAGAACUUCAUCAUGUACCAGUCAUACCUCUCUUGGUCUGAGGCGAAGGACGAUGAACUCUUCAUAAGCUUGGGCAAGGCGCUGACUGACGGCAUUCAGAAGUUUGCUGUCAGCAAGGGUACUGCAGUGGACUAUCUAUACCUCAAUUAUGCCGACAAGGAUCAAGAUCCGCUCUCUGCGUAUGGAGCUGACAAGGUCGCGUUCAUGAAGAAGGUUGCAAAGAAGUACGAUCCUCGCGGUGUCUAUCAGAGGCUGUUGCCCGGAGGCUUCAAGAUCUCUCAUGUUUAGAUGUAAUCACUUCGAGGCAACACUGUACAUAGUAAUGAAUCAGCAGGUAUGGGGGCCGAGGCUAGUUGUAAUUUUAUUCACAGCAUGUAAUGUUGAUCUACAGACAAGUCC